AUUAUUUUUGUCGACGGAGCUCUUUUCGACUCAAUUUUUCAAUGUUGAUUAUGAAAAAUUAAGCUUUAGUAACGGGCUUUAUUCUAUAUUUUUGUGGUGUCUGACAUUAAUAACGCAUUCUACGUGCUCGCUGUGGUUUCUUUUACCAUCUGUAGUGGCGUCGUGGUCUCCGAAAACGCACUCUUGAACUUUAAUACGCAAUAGGAGUUCAAAAUGAACGAGCUAAAAUCGCUGGAGCACGCUACCUUGAAGGUCCCUUAUGAAGUUUUCAACAAGCGGUACCGUAAUGCUCAACGGGUGCUGGAUGUGGAGUCACGGCAGGUGGCCAGCAUCAGUGCGGAGGUGGAGGCUGCCACGAAGAAGCCCGUCAUCAGCACUGGCGAGAUUGACUCACUGCUCGGUGGCAUGGUGGAGAAACUGAAUUCAAUGAAGCGCAAGGCAUCAGAAGCCAUCAACGAGGAGCUUCAAGCCGCGUACGUCUGUAAGAAGCGGCUGGAACAUCUCAAGGAGCAAGCCAGCGCUCUGAGCGAGCCCAACACUCCACAGACCAGGACUACGCUGAACCAAUGGCGCAAGGUGCGCCUGGACCGAAUGCUGGUGGACUACUUCCUGCGCAACGGGUACUACGACUCGGCCAACAAGCUGGCGGACGCCCGGGGGCUGAGAGACCUCACCAACGUAGACAUCUACGCGGCGGCGGCGGAGGUGGAGGCGGAGCUGUCGUCGCGGCGCACGGCGCGCUGCCUGCAGUGGUGCGCCGACAACAAGUCCAAGCUUAGGAAGCUCAACUCCAACAUGGAGUUCAAGAUACGCAUACAGGAGUUCAUCGAGCUGGUCCGCGAGGACAAGCGGCUGGAGGCGGUGCGCUACGCCAAGAAGCACUUCUCGCAGUACGAGGAGGGACAGCUGGACGACAUUCAGCACUGCAUGGGCAUGCUGGCCUUCCCGAAGGACACUGACGUGGAGCCAUACAAGUCCCUGCUGUGCCCGUCUCGCUGGUCGGGGCUGGUGUCGCAGUUCCGCUGGUGGCACGCGCGGCUGCUGCACCCCGCGCGGCUGCCGGCGCUGCCCGCCGUGCUGCAGCUGGGGCUGCAGGCGCUGAACACCCCGCAGUGCUACAGCGAGGCCACGCGCGUGUCCUCCUGCCCGGCGUGCUCGGCGCCGCUGAACCAGCUGGCCCGCGGGCUGCCGCACGCGCACUGCUCGCACAGCCGCCUCGUGUGCCGCCUCAGCGGCCGCGCGCUGGACGAGCACAACCAGCCCAUGGUGCUGCCCAACGGACAGGUCUACGGGGAGAAGGCUCUGAAACAAAUGAUGAAGGAGCAUGGGUCCAUCAUCUGUCCGAAGACCAAAGAAGUGUUCUGCAUGAAGCGCGUAGAGAAAGUGUACGUCAUGUGAAUAUUCUGUGUAUAUACUCUUGUAUAUAGCGCGGAUAUACAACGUGUUAUUGCACGCUACGCCUUAACGUUAAAAAGGUAGGUUUUAGAAAGUUCUUGCAAAAAGGUUUUCAUGUUUUCAUGAAUGUUUAAGUCGAAAUUUUCUUAAUUGAGUUGCUCAAAUUCAUAUAAGUUAAAUUUUGACACUUAUCGUCGUGAUAUGAAAUCUAUUGUGCGGCAAAUGUCCGUGGGCGAUGAUGACCACCUCCUAUCAAGUGGUUUGUCUGCUCGUUUUUUAUUAAACAACAUAAAAACUUUCAUAAUUUUUAUCUCUUUUUCAACAGCUCUGUCUUUAUCACUAUAGCUUUAGCCUUAUUAUAACUAUUAUUGUGACUUCAUUCGACAUCAUUUUGCAAACAUAAAAGUAAGGUUUUGAGAAAUAUUGACCGCUAUCCAGAGAGUCAAUAAUCUCUUAGCAAAGUGUAGUAUUUCCAAGUUUUGAUGACAAAAUUGAUGAUACUCUAUAUAUCAAAUAUGGCAGCUUUCAAGUCUAUGUUUGUUUAAAAACUUUUGACAAUUGGGAUGUCGGUACCUCUAUCAUUUCAGUGGUCUAAUCCUUUUACAUAUUUUAUGAAACUUUAAGGCAAAUAAUGUAGGUACUCCUCAGUACAUUUAAAUUAGUGGUAGUGUCGUAGCGGCGUAGCGUGUAUCAUAACGUAUUCUUGUAGAAUAAGUCCUAAAGGGAUUGAAAACAUUGAAGUUUACAUUUUAUCGAACGAAAUUGAAUCUCGAGUCAAUGGCAUUGAGUGAAUUUUACGUUUGUCAACUUUACUUACGAAUGUGAUCAGAAAAAUAAAGAUAUUACUUUUUUAAAAUUUUAUUGGCGACAAGAAAAAUGUCCUUUCAUAAUAUUUGAAUAAUAAAAUACGUUUGUACAUAUUACGUAUUUUAUUAAUUGUUGCAUUUAAUUUUAAUAUUUUAUAUCCUUAACGUAUUUUAAAAAUUAUAAAAGUAUUUUGACUCUAAAUUUUUCGCUUCUAUUUUCUAAAAUAAGUCAGCCAUUUGGCCAAUGUAAGUUAUUGUGCGCAGUAUGGCAAAAAAGAGAAGAAAUUGGUUAAUAAAAAUGUAUAUAUUUACUCUGGUAAUAUUUCAACCUGUGAUUUUUAUUGGUCAGUAAAAGUAAGUAGUGUUGCCAUGUAAGUAAAAUGGCGCCCUCAAUUUCUACUCUUUUCGGCCGAACUGUAGUUUUUAUUUCAGUAUACUCGUGGAGUGUUAUAUUCUUAGGUUACGAGUUAAAUGUAUUAUAGAUAUAACUGUAUGGGUCUCAAUUGUAUCAUAGCCAUAAUCGUGUUACAUUGAGAAUAAAUGCAAAUCACAAAAAACGCA